AUGCGCGACAACCUUCUAAUCGGAUAUGUGGUGAUGGACGUGCUAUUCGUGACCACCGGGGCCCUGUUGAUUAUAUUCGCCUUGAUGACAGAGGCAGAGAUGGCGAAGGAGUUGACGGCCGAGACGGUGGUGCAGGAUCUACUACUGGCGAUGUGCCCGCUGAACGCCGCCAUCGGUAACGCCGUUCUGGUCUUCAUCACAUUCCUCCUCUCCGUGCCCGCGAUAGUCAUGCCAGGGACUCGAGGAUGGUUGAAAGUCCACGGAUACAUGACGGUCGUGUGUGCGCUCUUCACGAUGAUACUUGGUCUUAGCAUAUGGUUCGAAACUCUGGAGACGAGGAAGAAUCUCUCCAAUAUCUGGAACAAACAAAAGCCAGAGGUUCAAAGUUUGCUCCAGGUUCAGCUCAAUUGCUGCGGCUACAUGAACAGCACCUCCCCGCCCUUCGUCGUCGACGCCACAUGCCCGAAUGGCCUCGUGGCCGCGGCGCGCGUUGGGUGCGUCAGCCCUUACUCCACCAUCGCCAACAACUUCCUCGAUCGAAUCUUCACGGGCGCCUUCGGUAUUGUCGGUAUCGAUGUAGCCCUCGUCCUCGCCACGGCCAUGCUACUGAAGGACCGAAAGGAGAAGCAGAGAUACCGGGCCAUCGACGAGAAGAAUAGCGGUGGAGGGUUUUAA